AUCGUGCAAUGCUGCCAGCAUGGUAGCGUAGCUGUGUGCGUAUCAUCUGUGUACCGAUGACUAACCAGAAAUUCCGGACUUAACGGUGAAUCCACAGGCAAUCAGAACCGUCAAAACAGUAACGUAAAUCACAUUAGAAAGCUAAGGCCUAUAAGCUUAUUUUUAUCGAAAAAUCGAAACACAACAAGCGUGCGAAAGGUUAACGACUGUUGCAAUCAACUGUUAAAAUUAACGGAAUAUUUCAUUCCGGCAAUACAUUAAACUACACCGCAUUUCCGAUGCCGAAAUUUCACCCUGAGCCGUUUGAUACUUUAACCGACGAAGCAGGCAAGUUUCGUCAACAAUUUUAAGUCGUCAGCGAAGAGAUAACUGCAGCUGAGCCCGUAGCCUAUUAACCUGUAAACAAUAAACAAUGAAACAAACACCGACGUACUCGCAUACCCACACUACCACCGAAACCGGUGGCCGUAUGUCCGUACGGAUCGAAUUUCUUGAGAUUAUAGGUAUAACAUCGACGAAAGAUCAAGCUAGUCAGUGUAUGAUCGCUCGUUGGUAAAGCAAGAUCGCUUAUUUUUUAAAAGUGCAGAUAGUUGCUUCCGAGGUCAGUGACGGCUGUGUUAAAAGUGAAUGUUUUGCUGCCAUAUAAAAGAUACUGUUUUUUGUGCAACUAACUCGAACAGCGCUGUUCAUCAUGUGUAAACCUGUGCUGUUGCUUAUUGCGGGACUGUGCUGUUUAAAUGUCGGUGGGGUACUGAGCCAAAAUAAACAAUGUGCUCAAAAUAAUGAAUAUUGUUUAACACAUCUUGACUGCUGUUCUCGAAGUUGCCUGAGCUUCUCGUACAAAUGUGUUCCAGCGGCGGUAAGCUCUCCCGUCAGUGCAGUCAUAGUACCGGUCAACCCGACUCCAAUAGAUACGGAAAAUCGUUUUGGAGGUGAUGACGGUGGUGCAAGUUUGACGCAAAAAACGUGUGCACUCAAUGGAGAAUAUUGUCAAACACACACGGAAUGCUGCUCGGGUAGUUGUUUGAGCUUCUCCUAUAAAUGUGUGCCCCAGAGUUCGAAUGGCCAGACAGUAUCUUCUGUAUCGAACGAACCAACGCCACAAACCGUACCCGUUAACUUUACUAAUCGUUUCGGGGACGAAAGUUCAGUGAAUCCUACCACUAAACCUAGCUCAACUACGAAGAAAUGUGCUGGAAUUGGCGAAUAUUGCUUGACGUCUUCGGAAUGCUGCUCUAAAAGUUGCUUAAGCUUCGCGUAUAAAUGUGUCAACAGAUAUGACCUUUAUGCUGGCUCCGAUCCAAAUCCAUCCACGACACCAAUUGCUACCGCUAAUCGAUUUGGCGACUCAUCAGUAACUACUACCAACACCGAAACACGUAAAUGCACAUCAAAUGGAUUAUACUGCUUCCACAAUAAGGAAUGCUGCUCGGGGGCCUGCUUCAAAUCCAUAUGCUCGACGGAGAUCCGGCUUGGUGUACCAGAGUCAGAAUUAACUCGCCCAUCGGUUGCCAAUGGACCCUACGUUCCUGUAAAUGAUUUGGACGAUCUCAUCUCGCGGUUCGGAGGUCCAGUCUCAACCACCGAACAAAAUGUUAGACGUCAAGAAAGGCGAUGUAAAGUCAUCGGUGAUGUCUGUAAUCGUCACGAAGAUUGCUGCUCGUCAAAUUGCCACUCAUACAGACGAAAGUGCGUCAACUAAAUUUAUAUCUGUAGCAGAUUAAUGCUUAUUUUAUUUGUAAUCUCAAUAUAUGAUCAACUUAUGUGUUUAUUACACACAGUUCCCGUGUAUUGUGUGGAAAGUGAAACACAGCCAAUCUUAGUCCUGAUACGAUGAGUCAAUUUGAAAAAAAACUAAAACAUAAAUGGUCCUUAAAUAUACACGAUAUCGAGCGUGCAAACCGUCUAA